AGGGGAACUCCAUGAACAGCGUGGGAUAUGAUCCAAAGAUCGACCGGAGGAACAAGGUCCAAGGAUUCAGCUCGAGGGACAAAGACUCGAGUGAUGCAGUAAUGCAGCAUCCGAAGAGAGGGCAGCAGAGAGGAUACAGGCAUAAUAUGGUUGGGGGCUGGCAACACACCGGUGAGCUGAUGAAAUUCUUCAGCAUAUUGAAAGGCAAACAGUUCCAACUCAGAGGCAUCAUCCAGAGCUUCUCCAACUCGAGGGAUAUGAAGCGUAUCCGACAGAUCAUCGAGAGGGAGAGUGAACAGAUGGCCAAAAACAAUGGUAGAGAAGGAACGAGAGGCAAGGCCGGGUGAACGAAAGUUUGAGAAGAAGUAACGAACUAAAUCAGGACAGACCAAGGAGGAAAAAGGGUGAUCAAGCAGAAACUCCCAACCCAAGUUUUGAACGAACCUAUGCACAUCAAGUCCCAGUUCCACUAGUUCAGGAAAGGGAAUAUGAUAUGAGGCCAGAAAUGGACGAGAGGCAAAAUUUUGAAGGUGGCGAUGGUAGUUAACAGGAAUAGGCUCGAAAAAAAGAUUGCCAGUGUAGGUGAUUGCAAACACCAUUUUGAGGAGAUGGGCAAGGACAACGAUAUGAGGGAUGAAGGGAUAGGAACAGUCAAGACCCGGGUUAAAUACUAGAGAGCAAAACAGAGAAAGGAAAGACACUAAAUGCAGUAAAUCAAA